CUUCGCCCGCUCCUGAGUUCCUGACCGGACCGCGCCCGGUCGAUCCAUCGUCCCGAUUUCCGACGGCACCUUUCCUCUCGCUGCCCGCCUAGAUCUCUUCCCCGCCGCACCCCCACCCCCCUUCUCUCACCGGCGAGGCGGUGACCUACCUACAGGGGGAAAGGACCGCGACGGGGGAUGGGGCGGGAGGUGGCGGAGAGCUGCGUCGACGGGGUGGUGAUGGAGAUGGUGGCAGCCUACUGCGGCCGCUUCUAUGCCACCAAGCCAGAGCUCGCCGCCCGCCGCAUCGAGGCCAUCGGCUUCCAGGUCGGCCACCAGCUCACCGAGAGAUAUACCAUGGAGCGCCCUCGAUUUAGUGAUCAUCUUGAAGCAAUCAAAUUUAUCUGCAAAGACUUUUGGUCUGAGCUAUUCAAGAAGCAGAUUGACAAUCUAAAAACUAAUCACAGGGGCACAUUUGUUCUUCAAGAUAACCGUUUCCGGUGGCUUACUCGUGUUUCUAUAGAUCCAUCAGUAGAGAGCAUGGAUGCAACUGAGAAUGACUCUACAACACUAGGUGAUAGUGCAGCCCAAACAACAAGCAUGCUUCUGUACUUUCCAUGUGGGAUAAUAAGAGGUGCUUUGACCAAUUUGGGGAUAUCGUGUUCUGUCACUGCAGAUAUGUCCAACCUUCCAGCAUGUUCUUUUGUUGUGCGCAUAAAGACAUGAGCUGCAAUAAAGAUGAGUGGAUUAUAUGCUGGCUUGUGGUAUCAACUGGUUUGAACAUUCAAGAGGGGUGCAAACAUGCAAUAGCCUGGGAAAUACGCCAUGUAUCUUCUCCAUUUUUUCUUGGCUCUUGUUCUUAAUGGCACCUGUUUUCUUAGUGUCUUCUUCGUACCCGCCUUGUGCGCAUCUUAAGAUUGGGUGUAAUUCUGUGAUCCAAAAUGUGAACAAGAGAAGACAAAAUGUAAUAUUUAUGCUGGGAGACUGGCUGUAGCAAUGUAAUUUUGUUUUCUAGCAGUGAAGAAUCUUUUAUCUUGUAUGUGAUGACUGCAGCAGUUACGCUUUA